ACAGUUCACAUUUUACAAAUUCAAAAAAUUGGGAGAGUGCUUCCAACCGUCUCUGUUGCUCGUGUAGGGUUUGCAGUCUAGAGAGAGAGAGAGAGAGAGAGAGAGAGAGAGCAUAGCGUAGCAAUGGCGAUCACUGCAACUCUCUCCUCCUCUUCUCGCUCCUUAGGGUUCUCCACCUUCAAUACCCACCGUUCUUCCUACCUGCCAUCAUCAGCCGGCGUCGUCACCUUCCGCACUACGACUACCUCAAGCAUCCCUACUAUCACCGCCGCAUUUCUCUCGUACCCCGAAACCCGUAUCCGGCACCGGGCAGUGGUAGCUUGCUCCGGCGGUGACGGCAUUGACGGCGGAAACGGCUUGAACGGUGGCGGUGGUGGUGGCAGAGGCGGAGGCGGAGGCGGUGGAGAUGAAGCGGGCGAUAAGAACAAGGCGGAGGCACUUCUGGCGCUGGCGGAGAUCGGACGGUCGUUGGAGAGUGUUCCGAAGGAUUUGGCGACCGCGAUCGAGUCGGGGAGGAUUCCGGGAUCCAUUGUUGUGAGGUACUUUGAGCUGGAGAAGUCGCCGGUGUUCCGUUGGUUGUUUCAGUUCGGAGGCUUCAAGGAGCGGUUGCUGGCGGAUGAUUUGUUCUUGGCUAAAGUCGCCAUGGAGUGUGGUGUUGGAAUCUUCACAAAGACUGCUGCAGAAUAUGAACGCCGCAGAGAGAAUUUUUUCAAGGAGCUGGAAAUUGUUUUUGCAGAUGUGGCAAUGGCCAUAAUUGCUGAUUUCAUGCUUGUUUAUCUCCCUGCACCUACUGUUUCUCUCCGACCACCUCUUGCUGUCAGUGCUGGUGCCAUUGCUAAGUUUUUCCAUAGCUGUCCUGAUAAUGCAUUCCAGGUUGCUCUGGCUGGAACAUCAUAUUCACUUCUACAUAGAAUUGGUGCAAUAGUGCGUAAUGGGACAAAGCUUUUUGCUGUUGGCACUGGUUCAUCACUGGUCGGUACAGUGAUAACGAAUGCCUUAAUUAAUGCACGGAAGGCCGUUGAUAAGUCUUCUGCAGAUGAAGUGGAAAAUGUGCCAGUGUUAUCCACCAGUGUGGCCUACGGUGUGUAUAUGGCUGUUUCCAGCAACCUCAGGUACCAAAUAUUGGCUGGUAUUAUUGAACAGCGUAUUUUGGAACCAUUACUACAUCAACACAAGAUUCUACUGAGUGCACUUUGCUUUGCUGUACGGACGGGAAACACUUUCUUGGGUUCAUUGUUGUGGGUAGAUUAUGCACGAUGGGUAGGGAUUCAAAAGAGUCAGGAAUAGAUCAGAGUAUGUAUUCUUGUUUUGCGUGAUAUUUUAAAAUGGUGGAUUUGUGUCUCCCAUUCUUGUAACAUUUCAUAAAAGGUCUAAAUGGGUUCUUUCAGUUCAUAGGUGUGCUAUUGGUCUUAUAGGUUUCUUGUUUGUGUAUCAAUAUUUGAACAGCUUAUUUUCAGGCUGGAAUUUUUUUGGGCAAUCUUUUUUUUGCAUGAACACCCAAAAUAAAUUGACGGUUGAAAAUUUUUUUUGCAACA